AUGGACGAAAACACUCAAUAUACCUACAAGCCUCUUAGAGAUGACCAAAUUCGUCUGAUCAGGUUCCUCGCAGAUGAAAGCACCACUGCCAUUGACCUGUCAAUAUUUUCAAUCAAUCAGUCAUUACCUGCGUAUCAAUCCUUAUCGUACUCAUGGAUGACAGAUGGCCUCGCGAGCGACCAUGCUCUCAUGAUAGGAGACCGAAAACUGCCAAUCCUCGGUUCAGUGUACUCAUUUACGCAGGCGUUACGAUCCAAAGGCAUUCUUCUUGAUGGCACUUGGUGGUGGAUCGACUCUAUUUGUAUCGACCAAAGGAAUCUCGAGGAACGAAACCAGCAGGUGCGGCUUAUGCAGGAAAUCUACCGCCGUGCCCGAAGAGCCAUCGUCUGGCUCGGCGAAAAGUCACAUGAUAGCAAUGAGGCCAUCAAGUUCAUCCGACUUUUGAACAAGGUCAAUCUCCAAGGCCACAGCGAUGCUGGAAUUCGGCCGAUCUUGGAACAAUAUCGAAACCAUUACACAUAUUGGACUGCACUGAAGAGCUUCUUCCUCCGGAAAUGGUGGACGAGGAUAUGGACGAUCCAAGAGUUCGUGAUCCCGGAAAGGGUUUCCAUGUGGUGUGGAACACAGAGCAUCAGCAGAACCGUGAUAUGCCGGGCUUUGUGGACUGCAGAUAAAUGUCCCUGGAGCGGCUUCAAGGAGACUCUUGGAUUUAGCUAUGGAUUCAACCGGAGAAGAUUAUGGAUGCUGUACAAAAUCAGCAAGAAGUCGAACAAAGACAUCACCAUGUCCCUCCCAGCAUUGGCUGCUUAUUUUUCCCAGUGCGACGCUACCGACGACCGAGACCGAUUGUACGGGCUGAGGGCCUUGUCUACUGAUGGGUUUCUGUUGGAAGUCAGCUAUGCACGCAGCGUCGAGGAAGUCUACUUACGUUACACACAGGCUUUCAUUGACCAUCACAAGUCAUUGGACAUCAUAUGCUUCGCCUCUGUGUACAGUAGUUCCUUCAGUAACGGCUAUUCAUCCAUGUCUUGGGUGCCCGACUGGCGGCUCGAGAUGCAUAGCUUGGUAACCCCUCUGAUGGCCAGCCAGGGUUCGAGGACUCACAUCGGAAACAUGAGACCUCCUCUGAGUUUGGAAUACAGCGGAGUUCCGGCCGUCUACUCUGCUUCUCGGGACAGAGAGGCUGAGUAUAGCUUUCACGAACGAACGCUUACUACAAAAGGAACCUUGAUUGACACCAUCGAUGGGCUAGCUGGGUCCAGGAAGUUUCCCUUUAUCCAAAGCUCUCACCAAAACAACUUAAGGUCAUCAACAGAGAAUUCUGUAGGCUUCAGUAGGCCGAUCGAGAUACUUCGAAGAAUCUGUAAAACACUCGUCCUGGAUCGCAAGAACCGCUAUCUGCAAUACGCCAUGCCUGAUGAGGAUUUCUUCCACGACUUCAUACGACUUUGCAGCCUCCGCAUGGAAGAUUCACCAGACCUCAUAGCACAGGAGUUCCAGGAAUGGUUCGACUGGACCCGCCCUCUUCUUAUCUGCGGACACACUUUCGAGAGUAUCGUGCGCGAUACUCUCAACAAUGACCCUGAGUUCAUCAGCAUGGCAGGGCCCCCGCCUAAUCAGGCCGAGUUCAUUCACGAUUCAUUUUUUGGAAGGCUUGUAGAUACGAUUGGGAGAAUGUCUUCGCGUCUGAUGGUCAGUUGUGAUGGACAUGUCGGCCUUGUACCGCAAAGGGCGAUGAAAGGAGACUUUCUCUGCGUGCUGUUCGGGUGCAGUGUUCCUGUUGUGCUGCGGAGGUAUGACGACACAGAUAGUUUUGUUGUUAUAGGAGAGUGCUUCGUCGAUGGGUACAUGGAGGGAGCUGGUGCAGAGCCGGGCUUGGCGUCGGAGAGAACAUUCUUGUUGACUUAG